CAGAAUAAAAAAAAAUGACAAUUAUUUUUGUAUCUGAUGUAUUGAAAACCUCGUACAAAAUUUACUCGCAAUCAAAUUUUUGCAUUGAAAAUUAGCUUGAAGAAAAUAUCUUGCGAAAGAACAGACCAAUCAGUUCGAUAUUCAACGCUCCUGUCAUUUGACAUAUUCAUAGUGAAUCUGAAGUAUUUAGAUACAUGCGAUAAGUACACUUUGUCCGUGUAUUUUCUUUCGAACUUGACCUCGCUAGUCUACUGAAGUCCUCUAAUGGUGAUUCUCUAAUAAUUCGAUUUCAUUCACUGACUAUCUUGAAAAAAACAUAAAUUAAAAAAUGGCUGUAGCUAUCAGGACAUUUUCGAAGUUUACAGCAAAUUGCGGAAAUUUAUUACGAACACAAAUAAGGUUUAAUUAUGUAGAUACUAGGAAAAAUUUAAAAAUUGAUUCCAAUACCAAAGUUAUAUGUCAGGGUUUCACUGGUAAACAAGGGACAUUUCAUUGUCAACAAGCCAUUGAAUAUGGUACUAAAAUAGUAGGUGGUGUCAAUCCUAAAAAGGCUGGUACAGAACAUCUUGGGAAACCAGUUUUUAAAACUGUGAAAGAGGCAAAGGAAGCUACGGGUGCUUCUGCAACUGUUAUUUAUGUUCCUCCUCCUGCUGCAGCUGCAGCUAUUUUGGAGGCAAUAGAUGCUGAAAUACCAUUAAUUGUAUGUAUUACAGAAGGUAUUCCACAACAUGAUAUGGUGAAAGUUAAAAGACGACUUUUGGAGCAAAACAAAUCUCGUUUAAUUGGUCCAAAUUGUCCAGGAAUAAUAGCUCCAGAGCAGUGCAAAAUAGGUAUUAUGCCAGGACAUAUACAUCAGAAAGGAAAAAUUGGUAUUGUGUCAAGAUCAGGAACAUUAACAUACGAGGCUGUGAACCAAACAACCCUUGCUGGUCUUGGGCAAACACUCUGUGUUGGUAUUGGUGGUGAUCCAUUUAAUGGAACAGAUUUUAUUGACUGUUUGGAUGUCUUCCUUAGAGAUCCAGAUUGUGAUGGUAUUAUAAUGAUUGGUGAAAUUGGUGGUAGUGCAGAAGAAUCAGCAGCGGAAUAUCUCAUUCAGCAUAAUACUGUUGGUUGCUCUUCUAAGUUAUUGGGAAGUAAAGCUAAGCCAGUAGUAUCAUUUAUUGCUGGUAUUACGGCUCCACCUGGCCGAAGAAUGGGCCAUGCUGGGGCUAUCAUAUCAGGAGGAAAAGGAGGCGCGCAAGAUAAAAUUAAUGCCCUCGAAAAGGCUGGUGUAAUAGUUUCAAGGAGUCCUGCGCAAAUGGGAAAUGAACUUUUAAAAGAAAUGACACGUCUUGGCUUGGUCUGUAAUUAAAGCACACGUCACUAUAAAUAUACAUAUGUAGUUUGCCUCAUAUGGAUGUAUCUUCAUACAAUAAAUUGAAAGUAUAAACAAUGCUAGGAUCAUCUAAGAAAAAAAAAAAAUGAUAUAACGCAUUGAAAAUGUGCAAAUUUAUUAAAUCAAUGACUUAAAACAAUGUUCAUCGAUAUUGUGAGAUUGCUCUAUUACUUUAUUCCUAAAGAGAAAACUUACAAAGAAAAAUAUGAAUACUCUGUUGGAAAACUAAAUUUAUUUUAAUAUUGUACAGUAUUUAGGAAAUAUUUUUACCGAUAUAGCUUUUAUUUCAACAAUUAGUAAUUAUCCAAAGAUGCUAUAAAAUGUAUCUAACAAUAACUGCCAUUAUUCUUCGUUACCAUUUUUCUUAAUAAGAAAUUAAUUAAUAAAUUUUUCUAUGCUGCUACAUCAUAAUUUUAAGGAACAGUUAAUUCUUAUUAUAUUGUUGUAAAUUAAAUUAUUAAAGCUAUAUCUGUUGUAAUAAAUAAUUAAAGCUGUUAUAUAUCCAUAUUGUAAAACAUUAAAAAUCUAAAUAUAUAUUAAACAAAAUAUCAAUAUUAAUCUUUUAAAUUCUUUGUUUGUUGUAAAUAAAAAAGUAAAAAAAGUUAUUUCUUGAAUAUCUUUCAAACUUCUCUUUAUGAUGAAAAUCCCAUUAUUUGAUCUAUAAGCUUAGCAAUUUGUUUACUCCUUUCAUUAACGAAAGGUUUUAAUUCAGCAAAAUUCAUAGUUUGGAUAAUAUUUAAUAAAGUUUCACAAGUGCAAUAGUAUAAAUAUUUAUCCUUAUAAAGUUGUUCAGCUAAUUCUAAUUGAUGAUUAUCCAUCAAACUUUGAUUUGCAACUACAAUUAAAUUUUUCUUACAUUCUAAAGCAUCUAAAAUACUUCCUGCUCCUGCGUGACUUAUGAUAAGAUCAGCAUUUUGUACAUAGGGAAGUAUAUUUGCACUUAUAUUGAAAUAUUCUAUAUUAACAAAACCAUAACGUAAGCUGCAAUCUGGUACAAACGAUGUUUUGCCAAUUUGUAAAAUGAUUUCAUAAUAUCCUUUUGACGAUAAUGCCUCUAAAAUUUCACGACUAAGUAUUGUCGCGAUUAAUUCAUCAAAUUUGGUAGUGCCAACAGUAACAAAUAUUGUUUUUUUCGGUUGUAUCAUUGUAAUGUUUGAAAAACAUUAAAGAUCUUGGUAUUAAUAAAAAACAUCACUUUGUUAUUUGUUAAAUUUUGAAUUCGUUUUUUUUAAUAUUCGAUAAAAGUAUCUAAUAUUAUUAAAUAAUAAACAAUAUUGUUAAAUUGUGAUCUGUUCAAUUUAUACGUGUAAAGUAGAACUACACUACUGUAGUCUAAAGUAGAACUACUACUUGUAGAACUGAAACUAAAGCACUAUGACGUCAAAGUUCCAUGUGUCAAACAUUUGUAAUACUACCAAUCCAAUUUGUAAUACUACCGCGAAUUUUAAUAAAACAUGCCAGUCAAAAUAAAAAAUAAUAUUCUAAUAUACGAAGGUUGUAAUUAUUUGAGAUAUCGCUUAUUAUUAUCAACGUUGUCAGGUAAACCUGUACGAAUUAUAAAUAUCAGAGUUAAAGAUGAUGAUCCAGGACUUAAAGAAUACGAAAUCAGUUUUAUUCGUUUAUUGGAUAAAAUAACAAAUGGAUCGCGAAUAGAAUUAAAUGAAACAGGAACAAAUUUAUAUUAUAAUCCUGGAUUAUUAUACGGUGGUGAAUUAGAGCACGAUUGUAGCGUACAACGAGGUAUUGGCUAUUAUUUGGAAGGAAUUAUGAUAUUAGCUCCAUUUUGUAAAAAAGCUGUGGAUAUAAAACUCAAAGGAGUCACUAAUAAUACAAUAGAUCCAUCUGUAGACAGAAUGAAGACAUGUGCUGUGCCUAUAUUGAAAAAAUUUCUGUCAGGUGAUAAUGAAGUUAUCUUUACUAUUAAUAAAAGAGGAGCUGUGCCUUUAGGUGGUGGAGAAAUUAAAUUUAAAUGUCCUCCUAGUCGUAACCUUAGAAGUGUUCAACUUCAAAAUAGUGGAAUGGUUAAAAGAAUAAGAGGUACUGCAUGUAGUUUACGUGUUUCUCCUGCUAUUGCUAAUCGAAUUGUGGAGUCUGCUAAAAGUGUAUUAUUAAAAUUCUUACCAGAUGUUUAUAUUUAUACAGACCAUUGUAAAGGUGCAUCUAGUGGAAAAUCACCAGGUUUUGGAGUAAGUUUAUCAGCCGAAACAACUGCUGAUGUUAUUUUCGGUGGAGAAACAUUUUCACCUUUAAUGACAACAAAUUCUUUACCUUGCGUACCAGAAGAUAUUGGUAGAGAAGCAGCUAUGAGAUUAAUUGGUGAAAUUUAUAGAAAUGGUUGUGUAGAUUCAUCUUUUCAAGCUAUGACAGCAAUGUUUAUGGCAUUAGGUAAAAAAGAUGUUUCUAAAGUUGUAACAGGUCCUUUAACACCAGCGAUGAUACAAUUUUUACGCGACUUAAAAGAUUUUUUUGGAAUUGUAUUUAAACUUGAACCAUAUAAAGAAGAAGAUGAAAUUUUAGAACAAGUCAUCUUAACUUGUGUGGGUGUAGGAUAUACUAACAUAAAUAAACGAACAUUAUAAAACGAACAUUAUUG